AAUAACACAAUUACCUGCGUUGAGUUCACCGCGUCUAAAGUAGCCAUUUCCCCUCAGCAUCAAACGAACAGGAUUUCAUCUGCUUUAUCAGAACCAUUUAUAUAUUACAAGCAUCCACAAUACAAACCAAAGCAAUAAAAAGAGACACAGCUCAUUGAGAGACUAUGGGGAUCUCUUUAAUGUUUUUACUGGCAGUUACUUUCUUCUGUGCUGUUCAAACAGGUGUCUUGACUUGUGAUCCAUCGCAGUAUCAGUGUGGCAAUGGAAAGUGCAUCACAUCGAGAUGGGUAUGUGAUGAAACUGAUGACUGUGGAGACGGCACUGAUGAACUUCCUGCUGCCUGCUUGAUGAAGACCUGCAGACCCAGUGAAUUCAGUUGUGGUGGGCGACUAAACCAGUGUGUGCCUAAGACCUGGAAGUGUGACGGCAGAGCAGACUGUGAGAAUGGUGCGGAUGAGGAAGGCUGUGCUCCUCGACGGUGUCUGGAUGGCGAAUUCCGGUGCAACAAUGGCCAGUGUGUGUCGACUGCAUUUGUGUGUGAUGGCGAAACAGACUGUGAAGACAGCAGUGAUGAAGUCUCCUGCCCGCCCACCACGUGUGGCUCCGGCUCCUUCAGGUGCAACAAUGCACAGUGUGUGCCUCAACUGUGGGUCUGCGAUGGAGAUGUCGACUGUGCUGACGGCUCUGAUGAAUUGCCUCAGAAAUGCACCCCAGGGACACCUAAACCUACCAAAAAUCCAUGCUCCUCUAUGGAAUUCCAUUGUGGCAGUGGGGAAUGCAUACAUAGUAGUUGGAAAUGCGAUGGGGGAGAAGACUGCUUGGAUCGCUCAGAUGAGAAAAACUGCUCUUUGCCCACAUGCCGACCGGAUGAGUUCCAAUGUGGUGACGGAUCUUGCAUCCACGGCAGCCGGCAGUGCAACCACGUAUAUGACUGCAAAGAUAUGAGUGAUGAGCUGGGCUGUGUUAAUGCAACCCAUUGUGAUCCACCACACAAGUUUAAAUGCCGCAGUGGUGAAUGCAUCGGCAUGGAAAAAGUUUGCAACAAGCAGCGGGAUUGUAGAGAUUGGUCCGAUGAGCCAUUAAGAGAAUGUGAUUCUAACGAGUGCCUUUACAACAACGGUGGUUGCUCUCAUAUCUGUAAUGACCUGAAGAUUGGUUAUGAGUGUCUGUGUCCCACUGGCUUCCAACUGGUGAACAAGAGAGACUGCACAGACAUCGAUGAGUGCGCCAACCCAGACACCUGCAGCCAAAUCUGUGUCAACCAGAUAGGUAGUUACAAGUGUGAGUGCGAAGAUGGCUACCAGGUGGACCCAGCCAGCAAGGCCUGCAAAGCUAUUGGAACCAUCGCCUACUUAUUUUUCACUAAUCGCCAUGAGGUAAGGAAGAUGACUCUGGAUCGUAGCGAGUAUGCACGUGUCAUUCCCCGCCUGAAGAACGUUGUGGCGCUGGAUAUGAAUGUUGCUUCCAGGGAGAUCUACUGGUCGGAUUUAUCCCUCAAAAAGAUAUACAGCGCACCAAUGGACACUGCAGAUGACUCCUCUCAACACAACGUUGUGAUUGGCAGUGGCUUAGAUGCACCUGAAGGUAUCGCUGUGGACUGGAUCCACGGAAACAUCUACUGGACGGACAGUAUCAAAGGUGCCAUAUCUGUGGCAACAGCGGAUGGAAGCAGACGCAAGACUCUCUUCAAAGAGAACCUGGCCAAGCCUCGUGCUAUAGUGGUCGACCCUAUUAAGAACUUCAUGUUCUGGACUGACUGGGGCACACCAGCCAAGAUCGAGAGAGGUGGUCUUAAUGGAGGGGACCGCAGUGCCCUGGUUACAGAUAACAUUGAAUGGCCCAACGGAAUAACCCUUGACCUUUUGAACCAGCGUCUGUACUGGGUUGACUCCAAACUACAUACUCUCUCCAGCAUCAGCGUACAGGGAGGUGGUCGGCGAACUCUAAUCAUUGACCAAGGCAAACUUGCCCACCCUCUGGGUCUCACUGUUUUUGAGGAGAAAGUGUUUUGGACGGAUGUGAGCAAUAACGCAAUUCUAAGUGCAAAUCGUGUGACUGGAGGAGACAUCACAAAAGUGGCCGAACACCUCUCAUCCCCAGAGGACAUUGUCCUGUACCACAACCUCAAACAGCCCAAAGGAACCAACUGGUGUGGGGCCAACAACGGUCACUGUGAGUUCCUGUGCCUUGCUGCCCCUCAAAUCAAUAAAUCCUCACCCAAGUACACAUGUGCCUGCCCAGACAAUAUGAUGUUGGCCAAAGACAUGCGAAAAUGUAUUCCAGCUGUAGUCACACCAGCAACUCCUGUCAGACCCAAAAUAGUUACAACUAGUCAACCUCAAGUACCUUCAAAGGUGACACCAAAAUCUGUUGGCCCUUCCACAACCAAUGCACAACCUUCACCUACUCCUGCUCCUGUGACCCCUAACCGACCCACUCAAGCUGCCCCUUUCAAGCCUUCCCAAACCACGACUAAACUUCCUUUAUCCACCCAGACAGAUGACCACUACAGUAAUGUUAAAGCUGUCUCCAAACCAUCAUCUUCCACACCGUGGGCCUUGUACAUUGUGGUUCCUCUUGCAAUCCUGUGUUUGGUUGUGGGUGGCGCUGUGCUGUUCUGGAGAAAGUGGCGUCAGAAAAAUACCAACAGCAUCCACUUUGACAACCCGGUUUAUCAAAAAACCACUGAGGACCAGGUGCACUUAUGCAGAAACCGUAGUUCUGAUGGCUAUUUUUACCCGCAGAGACAGAUUGUGAAUCUUGAUGAUGAAAUAUGAUGAUGACAUUGAGGCCCAUGCUGAAACUGACAACAUUUCAAGACUAGAGCCAUAUUUAAUGUCUUACCUACUUGGAGUCAGUUCUUCAUUUGGGGAACAAUGGAGAUACAAACCGCCUUUCCACACGAGGCUUUCACUGCAAAAACAAUCCAGGGCUGAUGGUUCAGGACAGACUUAUCUAAGAAAAAAUGAAAACAAAGAAACCUCAGACAACAUCAACCUCAGCUGAGCACUUCGCUAUAUAUAAGUAAAAAUAUAAAAAAUAUAUGUAGAGAUAUAAAUAUAGAUUUUAACAGCACUUACAAAUCAAGGUUUUAUUCUCAUGAGACGUUCAUGAUAAGUUAUUGUAAAUAUGGUAUGUAUUACUAUAUUUUGUAGAGUUUUUUGUUUGUUUUUGCAGGGAUCAAAAAACAUUGCAUACCGUUAACUUUUUCCAAAACUUUUGUAUAAUUUGGUUCAUAUUAUAUGUUAAUUAAUUAAUUAACGAUAUGGUACAUUUGAAUAUUUUUAUGCAAAAGUAGACCACUUACUGUCAUAAGCUGUGCAAAGUUUGUUUUCCUAAUGUUUUAUGCCAUUUGUUUACACCAUUUGCAGUCAUCAUGUUAUUUUUGUGCCAAAAUGGUCAAUGUUACAUAUGAAACUGCUAGAUCAUAAAAAAAAAAGACCUUCUCAUAUGCAGUACUGAUAUUGGGGUUACUUUUCUUAAUCACGAUUAUAGUUAAGUUCCUCUUUAUCUCAGCCAAUGAUUCCUUACUACAUUUAUUACAUUUACAUUCUCAAUGCGAAUGUGUAAAUAAUGUAUUUGUGUAAAUAUGUUUCAUAUAUUUUGCAUUUGUAUUUUUAAGUAUACAGUAUUGUAUAUAAAGAAGUGUUUUAUUUAUUUUGAAUCUAAAUCUUUGGUUGAUAAUUGGCUUUGCUGUGUACUACAUGUCAGUUGUUUAUUUGUAAAAUAUACAUUUAUAUAAUGCUUCUGUACAUUUUGAUUGAUUAUUCUAGUGAAUAAUAACUUGAAAUAAACAUUUUGAAGAUUUUA